AUGCCCAGCUCAGCACUGCUCUGUUGCCUGAUCUUCCUGGCUGGGAUGGGGGCCGGGCCAGCCCAGGGCACGCCAUCUGAGAACAGCUGCAGCCACUUCUCCACCAGCCUGCCCCACAUGCUUCGAGAGCUCCGAGCUGCCUUCAGCAGGGUGAAGACUUUCUUUCAAACGAAGGACCAGCUGGACAACAUUCUGUUGAACGAGUCGUUGCUGGAGGACUUCAAGGGUUACCUGGGUUGCCAAGCCUUGUCGGAGAUGAUCCAGUUUUACCUGGAAGAGGUGAUGCCCCAGGCCGAGAGCCAGGGCCCCGACACCAAGGAGCCCGUGAACUCGCUGGGGGAGAAGCUGAAGACGCUGAGGCUGCAGCUGCGGCGCUGUCACCGCUUUCUGCCCUGUGAGAACAAGAGCAAAGUAGUGGAGCAGGUGAAGAGCACCUUCAGUAAGCUCCAGGAGAGAGGGGUCUACAAAGCCAUGAGUGAGUUUGACAUCUUCAUCAACUACAUCGAGGUCUACAUGACAUUGAAGAUGAAGAACUGA